AUGCUCCAUAGGAAAGGCUUGGAGAACUACACAACCAGACCUGAAUUUCUUCUUCUUGGAUUUUCUUACAAUGACAACCUGCAGGACUUGCGCUUUACAAUCUUCCUGCUCAUUUACUUCAUGAUCCUCAUAGGGAAUAGCGUCAUUGUGCUCAUCACUGUGGUAGACCCAAGCCUCCACAGCCCCAUGUAUUUCUUUCUGAGGAACUUGUCCUUCCUGGAGAUCUGCUACACGUCAGUCACUCUGCCAAAAAUGCUGGUGGCUUUCCUGACCGAAGAUGGCAGGAUCUCCUUCCUCGGCUGUGCUGCCCAGCUGUAUUUCCUGGUUUCUGUGGGCAGCACCGAAAGCCUUCUCCUGACUGCCAUGGCCUAUGACCGCUAUGUAGCCAUCUGUGACCCCCUGCACUAUCCCCGCAUCAUGAACGGGGGGCUCUGUGUCAGACUCGUAGUGGGGUCAUGGGUGGCUGUCGCACCAGUACAGGUAGGGCAGACUUACCAGGUGUUCACUCUGACUUUCUGUGCAUCCCAUAAUUUACAUCACUUCUUCUGUGACAUUCCCCCUCUGCUGCAACUGGUGUGUGCAGACACUUUCUGGAACCAAGUGACGCUGCACACCGUUGUCAUGCUAUUUGCAGUCUUUCCCUUUGCCUUGAUAGUUUUCUCUUACACUCAAAUUGUCCGGGCGAUGCUGAAAAUGCCUUCAGCUCUGGGCAGACGCAAAGCCUUUGCCACCUGCUCCUCACACCUCGUGGUGGUGACUCUUUUCUACAGCUCGGUCACGGUCGUGUACUUUAAACAAUGGUCAAGGGACUCCGCAGACACUGACCGAUACCUUGCCCUGUUUUACACAGUUGUAACCCCCAUGGUCAACCCUGUCAUCUAUAGCCUGAGGAACAGGGAAGUGAGAAUUGCCCUGCAGAGGCUCCUGUGCAGAAAGUGA